AUGCAGCCUGAUGCAAGCAACGCAACUACAGGACCUAAAUCUCCUCUCGAAUGGGGUCAGAUCAACUUCAUGCAUACGACUGAUACACACGGCUGGCUCGAGGGCCACAUCAAAGAGCAGAACUACGGGGCUGAUUGGGGUGACUUUGUCAGCUUCACAAGGCACAUGAAGCAGAAGGCCAAUAAGCUUGGUGUGGAUCUAUUGCUAGUUGACACUGGUGAUCUUCACGAUGGUGCUGGUCUCUCUGACGCAACAUCACCGAAUGGCCUUGUCUCUAAUUCCAUCUUCGAAAAUGUCGACUACGACCUCCUAACGAUCGGCAAUCACGAGCUUUAUGUCACUGAAAUCGCCUACGAGACUUUCAGCAACUUCUCGAAAGUCUACGGAGACAAGUACCUCACUAGUAAUGUGCAGAUCAAGAACCCAGCCACUGGGCAAUUUGAGUACAUCGGUGCACAGUACCGCUACUUUACUACGGAACGAGGCUUGAACAUCAUGGCUUUCGGCGUUCUAUUUGACUUCACUGGCAACAGCAAUGUCUCGAAAGUUAUCAAAGCGGCUGAUAUGGUGAAGGAGCAGUGGUUCCUCGAUGCUGUCAACUACAAGGACCCUAUCGAUCUAUUCGUUCUGACAGGCCAUAACCCGGUCAGGUUCAACGACUCGAGCAGUUCCUUCGACACAGUCUUCAGCGCUAUUCGCAGCCAGAGACCCGACGUUCCUAUACAGGGCUUCGGUGGUCACACUCACAUCCGCGACUUUGCUGUAUGGGACAACAAAGCUACAGCACUCGAGUCUGGCCGAUACUGCGAAACCUUGGGAUGGCUAGCCAUGUCUGGCAUCAAUUCUAGCGCAAAGAAGGUCAAGAAAAACCCCAAGGGUGUACCAAAUCCCACGCGAAGUGCGGUACCGCCUCGAAGUACCGGAACAGUAAGCGCAAGCGUGCAGCUGCCCACAUCGACGACACCCUCCAACCUGCGCUAUGCUCGGCGCUACCUAGACUGGAACCGCCAGACAUUCGCAUACCAUGCCAAAGGUAGCCAGAACUUCGACGCAUUUGGCACACCCAAGGGUGCUGCAGUCACAUCUGAGAUUACGACAGAGCGCGCUAAGCUCAAUCUCACUAGCCUCUACGGAUGCGCGCCGGAGACGUACUGCCAGUACUGCAAGCCAUAUGGUGCUGACGGAAACAUCUUCAAGCUCCUGCAGACUGCUUUGUCCACCGUUGUUGUGAAUGAGACGCGGAAGAACAACUCUCGCAUGAUCAUCAUCAACACAGGCAGCAUCCGUUUCGAUCUUGCAAAAGGACCAUUCACUUAUGACGAUUCGUUCAUCGUUUCGCCAUUCGAUGAUGCUUUCCAGUUCAUUCCUGACGUUCCUUACGAGCAAGCCUCCAAGGUGAUCGAUAUCUUGAACGCAGGACCUUACCAAAAGAAACGUGAUCUGGAGGCUACAGACUUCGGCUUCAACAGCAUUCUUGCUGAUCGCGAUACUUGCAUAGACCCGCCACUUACUCACUCCUAUGAAGGCGUCACUCGCCGCUCAAAGCAAGGUGGACGGUUGAUACGCCGGCAGUCUACCGCUCCGACUCCUGGAUACACCACCGUAGACGAUUUCGGUAACGACGGUGACGACACUGUCCACUCCAAUAUCCCACAUUACGCGCAGCCAAACGACCUCCAGGCCAACGGCUCCUUCCCUCUUGACGGAUCACUUCCUAAGACUGUCGAUCUUGUUUUCCUCGACUUCAUCGCUAGCUACAUCGUCAACGCCCUCAACAGUGCUGAUGUUGGCGGCAACUUCUCGCUAAGCCAGGUCUCAUACUACAUGGACAAGAAGUUCACGACAAACAGCUACCUCCCUGCGUAUGCGAAGAUUGCCUGGCAGGCUAAUGUAUCAAACUGCUCUGUUGGAGAGGGUAUUGGAUUUUCGUAG